AAUCAAAAUCAGUCAGUUCAUGUACUUUUUCGAAUCGUUACUCAAAGACAAGUGGCAGGUUGUCUUGCGAUCUAAACAUUCUAAUCGAAAUGAGCGAAGCGAAGUCGAAGACAGCUAACUGUUACUUGCGUUUUUGUUUGGAAAACCUAGCCAGUAGAAGUACAUACGGCAGGAGGUCAUCGCAGCGGUGACUGCAUGCCUGCUUUGAGGCCUGGCUUGCCAGCGAGUAGUUUCUCCUGACUGAACCCAAACUCUGAGAAUUGCAAGCAGUCAGUCCAGGGCCCUGGUGCGCUGACGUGCAUUGUGCCCCGGUAGUUGGUGGCAUUGGGUGCAGCUAUUCGCGAGAGGAGAUCCCCGUGUUGGCCGUGUACAGCGGCGACGUGGCCGGUGGAGAGAAGCGCAAGUCUACCAACGCCUGUACAGCGUGUGUGGCGGUGUGUGAAUCGUAGCCUUGACAGCAGCUAAUCCAGUGGCCAUGGAUGAGCGUCCCGAAAGCCAAGCUGCAACCAGUGUCCCCCAGUACCCAUGUGGGAUAUGCGGACGGACGUUUUAUCCCGAAGUUUUGGCACGGCAUCAGGGAAUAUGUCAGAAGUCGGCAGCAAAGAAGCGCAAAGUCUUCGACUCACGCAAGGCCAGGAUCCAGGGUACUGACAUGGAGAAGGCUAUGGUGGAGGCACAGUUCAGAAAGAAGACCACUGUCGAAGAGCCUUCAGCGAAGGGUGGAAAGAGCAGACGACCGGGAGGAGGACAUGAGGAUAGAGCUAUUGAGGGCAAGAAGAACAACUGGCGAACGCAGCACGAGAAUUUCAUUGCAGCCAUUCGCGGUGCUCGUGAGGUCACCAAGGCCAUGAAGACGGGCGCUCCUCUGCCACCGCCGCCACCGCCCGCCGAGAAUCCCGACUAUGUGAAGUGCGACUUCUGCACUCGCCGGUUCAAGCCGGAGGCGGCGGAGAGGCAUAUCCCAUUCUGCCGGGAUAAGGCGUCGCGACUCAACAAGAGCGGCAAGACUGUACCGGCGGCAGCCAAGGAAAAACUGGACAAGCGUAACACAUAUCGAGUUCCCUUGCCCGGAGCUAAGAAGCGUACCUCAAUGGAUGGACCUGGACAGCAAGCUGGACCUGGAUCCCACCGAGCACCAAGCCAGACGGACAUUGCAUCACAGCGACAGCAGCAGCAGCAGCAGCGCGAUGCAGAGAGGCGAGCAGCAGGCGGAAUGACACGGCAGCGUCCGCCAGCCGGGCCGCCGGGCGCUCGAGCAGUGGCUGCAGCUCGAACGAACGGCGCCACCGCACCGCCUGCGGGCGGCCGACCGCCCACUACGGGAACGUACGGUCACGGCGAGCAGGAGCAGCCGGGUCGCCGUCAGCCCGCGGCUGGACAGAGGCGAGUCGGGGUGCCGGGAACACGUCAAGCUAGUUUGCCUGGCCAGCGUCAAACAAACCGAGAUCAAGAGCAGUGGGCACCGGAUGACACACCACCACCACCGAAGGGACCGGCACCACAACACCGGCGCCAAGUGCCCGGGAGUGUGGCCAGGAACGGCAGUCGCAACGGCAUGAACUCGACGUACACGCUGCGGCAAAACGGCUCUGGUGCUCCCACUCCGGCCCUUGACCUCUCCCCUGCCGAUCAAUAUGAACAGAGUCCCGGCGGCGGUGGCAAUGGUCUAAUGCACUCUGGACGAGGCAGUGCACGGCGAAAACUACAGGAGGCGGCUGAGUUUAACCAGCACCAGCAGCAGCACUACACGUCUGAGCUGUACAUCGACGCCACCGAGCAGGCUCCGCUGGGCAGAAGCUCGUCGGCGUCCACGUCGGGCGUAUCCGACAUGUCCGACGUGUCACUACCGCCGAUUGGAACGGGCCGCAAGCUGUCACAUGGCAGUCAUGCGCAGAUGCAGCAGGGCCCCGGCACCAUGAGCAGGUUCUGCUAUGACUGCGGCACUCGUUUCCCGGUGCCGAACGCCAAGUUCUGCUGUGAGUGCGGCAAGAAGAGAUUACCAAUGCCCAGUACUUGAAUGUUCUAAACUGCGUGUGCAGGUGAAAUGCACACUCCUGUGCAGCAUCCGAGACUGCUCAGAUGCGCUGAACGCUGGCAUUGAGGCGAUUUGUUAGGAGAUUGGCUGCUCACGGUUGAUUCUUGCUAGUGUGUGCGUGAAAACUUUGCACGAUCUUGACAUAACAGAGAAACUCAUUGAUUUUGAUGCGGCUGUGGAAAUUCGUGUAGCUCAGCUCAUUUACACCUUGCUGGGCAACGGUACUAUUCAAUAGAGAUGAGAAUUAUUAGUAACAAUGACCAAUCGGAUCUUUCUAUUUUAUUGUUUUUGUACUAAAAUGUCUCAUGCAAAAAAAUCCUGCGAUCUCUAGAACGUGUUGGCAGAUAUACUCAAGACAUGCGUUGAAUACUGCUGUCUGGAUGUGCUUUCUAUUUUAUGAUAACUUCACUAGGAACGUUGACAUUUUUUUUUUUUACUAGA